GUGGGGGCUGCUCGCGGCUGCGGCGGGGGAUGGGCCUGGGUUGCCUGCGCAGCGCGAGCAAAGCUGCUUUGAGGCGAUGGCGGCGCGGGGGGCCUCGGGCGCUGCCUCCGAUCAGCCAGAGGGGCCUGGCCGUGAGCGCCCCCGGGGUGAGUGAGACUCCUCCGACCUUUGGGUUCCUGUUUGACAUUGAUGGAGUGCUUGUUCGGGGACGCCAUGUGAUUCCUGCUGCCCAGGAGGCCUUCCGGAAACUGGUAGACUCUAAUGGACAACUCCGGGUGCCGGUAGUCUUUGUGACAAAUGCUGGAAAUUGCUUACAGCAUGUCAAAGCCCAGGAACUCUCUGAUGCUUUGGGAUUGAAGGUGUCUCCAGAACAAGUGAUCCUUUCCCACAGCCCCCUGCAUCUCUUCCAUCAGUUCCAUGAGAAGUGUAUGCUGGUGUCUGGGCAGGGGCCAGUGGAGGAAAAUGCCAGGAAUGUGGGGUUCCGGAAUGUGGUUACCAUACAGGAUGUGAGGAAGGCAUUUCCCCUGCUGGACAUGGUUGAUCAAAGCCGUAGACCAAAGGAGCUGCCUCCUCCAACCACUGACUUCCCUACCAUAGAAGGGGUGAUUCUGUUUGGGGAGCCGGUCCGGUGGGAGACAAGCCUUCAGCUGAUUAUUGAUGUCCUCCUGAGCAAUGGGAACCCUGGGGCAGAGCCGGCAGCAGUGCCAUAUCCCCAUAUACCCGUCCUUGCCUGUAACAUGGAUCUUUUGUGGAUGGCAGAAGCCAAGAUGCCAAGAUUUGGCCAUGGCACCUUUCUUGUCUGCUUGGAGAACAUCUACAAAAAAGUGACUGGCAGGGAGUUGAAGUAUGAGGCCCUAAUAGGCAAACCCAGCAUUGUCACUUACCAGUAUGCUGAGUAUCUGAUCAAACAGCAGGUGGAAAGACGAGGGUGGCCAUCUCCCAUCUGCAGGCUCUAUGCUGUUGGGGAUAAUCCAAUGUCUGACAUCUAUGGUGCAAACAUCUACAAUCGCUACCUCAAGGCUGCGUGUCAGGCCCGUGCUCAGGCUGAGGUGAAGAGGAGUGUGGGGGUGGCAGAUCCCCAGAGUGAGGACCAUUCUGAGCCGAAGGAGGAUUGGUACAUCUCGUUGGAGAGCUGCAAGUCAAUUCUAGUCUGCACUGGGGUCUACAGUCCUCAUGGAGAUGUGCCUGCUGACCCACACGAGAGCGUGGUGGAGACUGUGUUCCACGGGCACCGGGACUUCCGCUUGGAUGCCAGCCUACUGGAGGCAUCUUAUGUGGUGCAGGAUGUGAAUGAAGCUGUGGAGCUUGUCUUUGAGAAGGAGAAUUGGAGCCAGGACUGAAAUGGGAGUGGCAAAAUCUACAGUCAUCAGGGUUGAGGAGGGGAGGGGAGGAUGGGAAUCUUCUAGCCUAACUCGUCCUAAAGUGUGUGUGUGGGGGGAAAUUCCUAGGGCAUUGUGGGGCCUAAUGCCAAAGGCCCCUUGUCUUAAUAUCAGUUGGUCAGUCUAUUGUUACUGGCAGGAUGACGCUCUUAAUCUGGCCAGGUCCAUGUUUACACGCUACUGUUGCUCCUGUGCAUUAAACUGUAAUGGAGCAGGAUUGGAUAGAUCACCCUUGCCCCCAUGUUUAUGAGGCUCUGCUUGACCAAAGCCCUUUUCCCUUUCAAAUCCCCUCAGUGCUUGAGAGGUUUAUCCCUGUUACACACAGCGGGGUGGGGAGCAUCAUAGACCCAUGCAUCAGUUAUGUCCUACACAAAUCUUUAAGUAGGAUGUAAGUGGAGCGUGGCCUCUGUACUGACCCUCUGCCCAGGGUGAAAUUGAUAAUGAAGGGUUAAUGACUUUUCCAAGAGUGCUUUGAUGCCCUGGCCUGCUAACUACCUGUUUGUCGGGGGAUUGAGGGUGCACAUAGUGUUGUCUUGAUAUAGCACCUAUGCUCUUACUGGCUUUGUGCUGGAUCAGACUUUAUCUCUUGCAUCCUUACCUCUGUUUCAUGGCUCCCCAGCAACAUAAGGGGGGGUAGUUUACCUCAUAGGAAAACCUGGGCAGCCGCAGCAACUUGGUGCAAUGCUAAAGGUGGAAUUAAAAUGUUCUCAUUGUAACUUA